CAAAUCCCAGUUCCCUUCCUGCCUGGCUGCUCUCCAGCCCCUCUGGCCCAGCCUGGAGCUGCCAGGGGUUGUUGUGGCCAAAGUGCAGGACCCGGCCCUCGACCUGGUUGAACCUCAUUGCCACGUGUGUGCCUCGCCACGUGUGUGCUGCCAUGUGCAUGCUGUGCCAUGUGUGUGCUUUGCCGUGCAUGUCCCUCCCUGUGCGUGUCCCUCUCCCUGUCCAUGUCCCUCUCCACGCGUGUCCCACGUGUGUCCCAGGAGCCCAGGCCGCUGUUGGCGGGGAUUCCCGCCGGGAUCAGCGGAACUCGGCGGGUUGUUUCUCCGCAGGGCGGGCAGCGGAGCCCCCCCCGCUCCUCCUCCUCCUUCCCUGCCGCUUUCGCUUUCGCUUCCCCCCCCGGGCCGGGGAGGCCCGAGCCGAGCUCCCCGAGCUCCUGGGCCCCAUCCCGGCGGGACUCCAUCCCGGCAGGACCCUCAUCCCGGCGGGACCCUCAUCCCGGCGGGACCCCCGUCCCGGCGGAGCGGCGGCCAUGGCAACAGGAAGAGCUGCCAAAUCCACAAGGACAGUCGUCAUUGCUGGUGUCCCAGAUGGCCUUCUGCAGGAUGAUGUCAUGGCUGACAUCCUCACCAUCCACUUCCAAAAGUCGAGGAAUAACGGUGGAGACGUGGAAGAAGUGACUUAUCCCACAGGGAAUAAAGGAGUCGCCUACGUAACCUUUGAAGAUCAAGAAGUUGUGGAGAGUGUCCUGAAGAAGGAUGACCAUCGACUGGAAGACAAGAGGCUGUCCCAGCCCUAUCCCCUGAGAGUGACCCCUUACUGUGAAAAGGUCUUCAGCUCUGUCACAUCUGUCCUCAACAUGGCUGUUUUCAAAGAGCAGUUUGUUUUAGAAGAUCUGGUGGAAGAAAUGAAAAAGCAGAGCAGGGAUUUGAGCUUCGGGCCGUUGCAGUCCGACGGGCAGAUUGCUGUCCAGGGCUCCUUUCCAGCCAUCAAAGUGCUCAGAGACUUUCUCUUACUAAAAGCAAAAUCCCUCUCAGAGAAGGACAGCAGAGAGGAAAGUAAAUCCCAUCAGAGACUGAGGAGGAGGCUGCAGGAAGACAGAAGGACCACGGAGAGGAGGAAUUUCGUUCCUGAUGGAGAUGGGGGAAAACAAGUGGUUGUUCUUGACACAGACAUAUAUCACUACAUGAAGCACUUCUUUCCCUGGAUAUUCCAAGAAAAUGAUGUUGCAGUUUCUGCUGUCACUGAUGGUGAUAUAACCACAGUGUGUGUGGAGAAUGCUGGAAGGGCUGAUGCUGGACAGGUAUCGAGUGUCAAAAAGAAAAUUGAAGAUCAGUCCAUAAAACUCCACAGCAUUUUACGGAAAAUAAGGGUCUCCUUCAAGGAAUGCCCCAGAGAUGAAAAGCAGAGACAUAAAUGGGUGUGUGAAAGGCUAAAAUCCUGUUACCCUCAGGUUUUGGUCAUUCCUUAUGAUGCUCACAUCGAGGUGAUAGGAUUUUCUUCGGACAUUUUUGAGUUCACCAAGGAAAUGAGCAGUAAGAGUCUCACCAGGUAGAAGGUGAAUGUUCAGAUCUUUGCUCUCUGUGCUCCUCACACAGACUGCGGCACUGCAGAUCUCCCACUGUGUGGCUGAGAGGGGAACUCUGCACAUGAGGCCUGUUUCCCCAAAGACCAGAUUAAGCUCAGGACAGGAAACCAUUGCUCUCUGCCUCACUCAUGAGCUCAGAGGCCGAAGAAGUCAAGCCUCUUCUACCCAGAAACAGCCUCAUUUUCCUUGUGUCGGCUCAAUGCACACUCACUCCAUCUUGCUGGCAGGGAGCACGUGAUGAGAAAAGAGAUUUUUUUUUUCAAGAGACUGACAAAGCAGGGCCAGCCAACCUGAUGGGAGACACUGCAGUGAGGUUGUGUCCCUUUGUGCAGGUAGGUGACCACUGCAAACAGCAGUGGGGGCCUUUUUCUGUCACCCGGAUCUGCAGGAGAACCUUCUCAUCCCCGAGAGGCACAAAGGGAGCUUUGACACCUGACAGAACUAAAUGCAUAUUAAAUUCACAGCCUUGUCAUGUCCUGAGAAAGCCCUGAGAAGAUGGCAUGGGAAGGUUUUCACAGUAGAAAACAGGCAGUUUUCAUAGGAGCAGUAAUGUUUCUUUUCCAGCUGUAAUGGCUUCUGCAGCAUCUCUUGACAACACACUAUUUAGACACGAAUGUCCACAGGUUUGAUGUGAAAAUCCUGGGGCAUUUGGACUUUUGAAUCAGGUUCUGUUUAGGCAAAUCUGUUUCUAAAUCCUAUUGCAAGGGUCCAAAGGUUUUUUUUUUUAUAUAUAACCAGUUUAGAAAAUAGCUCUUAUUUGGUGGUAUCAGCGUGUCCAGAAUAUUUUGUCAAAUCACACGGAGCACUUUUGUCUGAUGUGCAGAAAAGUUUUAGGGUUUUAUGCCAUUAAAGAAGUUACUUGUACAAAACACCGUGUCCGUGUUCUUUUAACCAAAUCCCAGAUUUUUGGUUGGAAGCCCAAA